CCGGAGCGGGAGCUGGGCGGCCGGCCCUACGGCGGCGUCCUGGACAGUCCCCACGCCCGCCCCGAAGUGGGCAUUCCGGACGGCCCGCCCCUCAAGGACAACCUGAGCCUGAGACACCGGAGGACCGGGGCCCGGCAGAAUGGCGGAAAGGUGCGGCACAAGAGGCAGGCCCUGCAAGACAUGGCGCGGCCCCUCAAGCAGUGGCUUUACAAGCACCGUGACAACCCGUACCCCACCAAGACCGAGAAGAUACUCUUGGCUCUCGGCUCGCAGAUGACGCUGGUGCAGGUGUCAAAUUGGUUUGCUAACGCAAGACGUCGGCUUAAGAACACUGUUCGACAGCCAGAUUUAAGCUGGGCUUUAAGAAUAAAACUAUACAACAAGUAUGUGCAAGGAAAUGCUGAGCGCCUUAGUGUAAGCAGUGACGAUUCGUGUUCCGAAGAUGGAGAAAAUCCUCCAAGAAACCACAUGAAUGAAGGGGGCUAUAAUACUCCAGUUCAUCCUGUGAUUAAAAGUGAGAGCUCGGUAAUAAAAGCUGGAGUGAGGCCAGAGUCGCAGGCCAGUGAGGACUACGUGUCACCCCCAAAAUACAAGAGCAGCUUGUUGAACCGUUACCUUAACGACUCUUUGAGACAUGUCAUGGCCACAAACACUGCCAUGAUGGGAAAAACAAGGCAAAGAAACCAUUCGGGAUCUUUUAGCUCCAACGAAUUUGAGGAAGAAUUGGUGUCUCCAUCGUCAUCAGAAACCGAAGGCAACUUUGUCUAUCGCACAGUGAAAGAAUUAAGCUUCGCCGUUUUGGGUUAUUCCAGACAUUCUUUUCCUGGCAUGCAAAUGACUGUUGAUGUACUCCAGCAGAGAAUAAUAAAACCUUCUAUCACCAGCCCAGCUACUGACAUUUAA